CGAAUAAAGCUUGCCUGGGUCCCUCACUGCUGCGCGAACCUCCCACAUCAUACACACCUCGUUACCGUACCUCGCCUUGUAGACAGACGACAUCGACGGCGGCACAUUGCCUUUCUGAUACCGGCCCACGCGGCAGUCGUCAAACGCACUCACUCCGCGCGUUCAUUCGUGCGUCCCCGUGCGUCCCCGACAGGCAGCUGCCUUACCUUAGGACCAGCCGAGCGAGCACUCCGCCACCAAGCCAUCGCCAGCCCGACCUCGCAACGGCAGCAUCAUGACUCCGGCACGAGACAUCCAAGGCAGCCACCCCGCUGCGGCGCAAAGAAGCGUCUCCCACAGCUGGGGCAACAACCUGUCAACCUCACCGACCGCCACCUUCCACUCCCCCCCCGGCAGCUGGGGAGGCAACCUGCCGUCGCGAGGGGCUCCCAAGCAGCUGAAGCCCUUCAACACGCAGGACAUCAAGAUUCUGCUGCUGGAGAACGUCAACAAGACGGGCCAAGAGACUUUGAAGGAGCAAGGCUAUCAGGUCGAGGCUCUCAAGACAUCCCUCCCAGAGGACCAGCUGAUCGACAAAAUCCGCGAUGUGCACGUCAUUGGCAUCCGCUCAAAGACGAAGCUCACCGAAAGGGUGCUCCGUGAAGCCAAGAACCUGCUCGUCAUCGGCUGUUUCUGCAUCGGCACCAACCAAGUCGACCUUGACUACGCUGCUCGCCACGGUAUCGCCGUCUUCAACUCCCCCUUUGCCAACUCGCGCAGUGUUGCCGAGCUUGUCAUUGCUGAAAUCAUUACGCUGGCCCGCCAGCUCGGCGAUCGCUCCAAUGAGAUGCACCGCGGCACUUGGAACAAAGUCAGCGCCAAGUGCUGGGAGAUUCGUGGAAAGACGCUUGGCAUCGUCGGCUAUGGGCAUAUUGGCUCCCAGCUCUCUGUCCUCGCCCAGGCUAUGGGCAUGAACGUAAUUUACUACGACGUCGUCACCCUGAUGGCCCUGGGUACUUCACGUCAGGUCUCGUCGCUUGAAGCCCUGCUCGAGGAAGCUGAUUUCGUCACUCUGCACGUCCCUGAUCUUCCAGAAACUCGCGGCAUGAUCUCGACGGCCCAGUUGGAUGGCAUGAAGAACGGCUCGUACCUCAUCAAUGCCAGUCGCGGAAGCGUCGUUGAUAUCCCUGCACUCAUCAGGGCCAUGCGCUCGGGCAAGAUCGCUGGUGCGGCUCUCGAUGUGUAUCCCCACGAACCCGCGGCCAACGGUGACUACUUCAACAACACCCUGAACCAGUGGGGGGAGGACCUUCGCAGCCUGAACAACAUUAUUCUCACACCCCAUAUCGGCGGCAGCACAGAGGAGGCUCAGCGCGCCAUUGGUGUGGAGGUCGCCGACGCGCUUGUGCGAUACAUUAACCAAGGUAUCACACUGGGCAGCGUCAACCUGCCCGAGGCCCAGCUGCGAUCUCUCACGCUCGAUGAGCCAGACCACGCAAGAGUGAUCUACAUUCACCGCAACGUUCCAGGUGUUCUUCGAAAAGGUAUAGUGGCCCCCGAAAAAGAUUGGGCUUCUUGCUUCAAGAGGCUCACCCUUGCACAGUAAACGAGAUUCUCGGAGACCACAAUGUCGACAAACAAAUCAGCGACAGCAGAGGUGAUGUUGCCUACCUCAUGGCAGACAUCAGCAAUGUGCAGUACAACGAGAUCAAAGAUAUCUCAGACAGCUUGGAGGCACUCAGCUCUUGCAUUAUGACGCGUGUGUUAUAUUAGGUGUUUGUCGGCGCCGGAGUGAGCGGUUUUGCUUGUUCGGGCCGGAACUUCGUGAUCCCAAUGGCACUCAACGUUCCGGAGGGUUAAGAUUUUUUCUCUGCUACAUGGUCAGUCAAGGUCGUGAGAUGCCCGGCCGCGCGGCGUCGGGACGACGAAGAUGCCUCAAGUACAGAUAAGGCGUUUCUUUGGGUGGGCGCAGAUAGACUUCGGCAAUGCCCUUGCCAAAGUGGCAUGUCACGAAUGGCAAACCAAAUAGCUCUACUAGGUCUCUCAACGAACAAAGGGGGAGGUUGCCGCGAUGCAAAUAUUUGGC